GUGAUCACGCGCCCAUGGUCGCCAUCUUGAAGCGGAGCUUGCCAAAAAAAAAGGAGGCAGGAAAGGGCACGAUCGUAGCUCUUUAGGGCAGGUAUUAUGGAAGAAGGAAGCGGUAUUACAGCACUGGUGUCAAAACUUGGGGAACAGGAGGCCGUAGUGAUUUCUGAGACUGUCCUCAGUCCACCCUUGGAAAGUGGUGAAGACCAAAGGAAAUGUAAUCCUGAUCCGUUAAUCCAGGUCAUCCAGAAGUUAAGCAAAAUCGUUGAGGAUGAGAAGUCCCAGAAAUGCCUCCUGGUAGGGAAGAAACGUUUGCAUCCGGAAGCCGCUGCGCUUUCAGUUGACUCGCAAGACCUCCCGGAGAUCCCAGUCAAAGCAGUUGAAUUGCCUGCCCUGGGGACAAUAAAUAUUGAGGACUAUUAUAUGACCGACUCUCCUCCACAGAGUAAGAGGAAGGUGGUUUGCUACCAGUGUAGCCUUUGCAAGUCUCUUUCUCCCUCUCUCCAUCUUUUAAAAGAACACCUAAAACAACACGGGCCACAGAAUGAGGUAAUACUCAUGUGUUCCGUAUGUAAUUUUGCCACUGUAAGCCUAGAAGAAUUCGAAACUCACGUCAGAUGUCACCCUGACAGCGACGACAAAAACCACGCUCCGUCAAAGGAACAACAGUGUACAAGUCUGUCUGGGGCUGCUCUGCACGGGCCGCUGGAAAGUUUUGUCAAAACAGGCCCUGAUCCGGCAGCACAGCUUCAGUCUACUACUCCGACAGAGAAGGCGAGGCAAAAAUGGUACACGUACGAGCAAUACGGCAUGUACCGAUGCUUAAUUUGUAGCUACACUUGCGGUCAACAAAGAAUGUUGAAAACACACGCCUGGAAACACGCCGGUGAAGUUGACUGCUCGUAUCCCAUAUUUGAGGAAGAAAACGAGCAAGCCACGUUACCGGAUUCCACUGUAUCAGGUGUCCCUCAUAACGUCGACACCGUUGUCGUUGCUCUAGAAAAUGAGCUCGAUCUCUGCAGCGACCAGGCCAUUCAACUCCACCUUUGUAGCCCAAAGCAAACGACCUACGAACCAUCGCCUGGGGAAGAAACCGUAAAACAGGAAGCAGUCCUGAGUCCGCCGGCUGUGAUUUCUCCCCAGGGAAAACUGUUGGAGGAGGCCUUGUUGGAGGCCGACCUGGAACAAGAUAAUUUGGCAACUGAUAGCUUGCUGUCAUCAGCCCAGAAGAUCAUUAACUGCAGCCCAAAUACAAAAGGCCACGUCAACGUCAUAGUGGAACGUUUGCCGAGUGCCGAAGAACCUGUCGGGCAGAAGCCUUACUUGACAGGUGCUGACAUUGAGGCCGAGAAGAAGAUUAUCUCUGAGCAGAGCCGAGCAGCGCGUGACGAGUCGGGGGACAUUUUCCAUAUGGACAAAAGUUCUGUGGACCUGGAAGAAGUGAUAAUAGGAUGGAGCAGCACGGAGAAGAAAGAUGGGGACUUAAGUCCUGGAAGGGCCAGAGCAGUCGACGAAAAUGCCCCUCCCACGCGAAGAAGGACCAAUUCUGAGUCCUUGAGGCUGCACUCCUUAGCGGCAGAAGCUCUGGUGACGAUGCCUAUCAGAGCUGCGGAGCUGACCCGGUCAAGUCUCAGGGCCUUUGCCGAAGCCAACUCGUUAAGCUCAGACACGGGCCAACGGCAGACUGAUGGCGGCUACCCGUCCCAUUCUAAACUGGUCACGUCCCUUAAAGCGGAGGAGUUGCCGAGCCUAAACCAAACUGACUGCACUUUCAUGGAGAUCCAGAAGGAUAAGCAGGAGUUGGCUGAAGGCCCUAUUAAAAUGGGCAUUAGCAUGUCACUGCUCACCGUGAUUGAGAAACUGAAAGAGAGGACAGACCAGAAUGCCUCGGACGACGACAUUCUGAAAGAGCUUCAAGACAACGUGCAAUGCCAGCCUGCGACCGAUGCCGGCGUGCUGGGAAGCAACUUGGUAGAAUACAUCCCCAACGUGGAUCGUCCCUUCCGGUGUCGCUUGUGCCACUACAGCAGCGGCAACAAGGGCUACAUCAAGCAACACCUACGGGUGCACCGCCAGAGGCAGCCCUACCAGUGUCCGAUUUGCGAGCACAUCGCAGACAACAGCAAGGACUUGGAAAGCCACAUGAUCAACCACUGCAAAACGCGAAUGUACCAAUGUAAACAAUGCGAGGAGUCCUUUCAUUACAAGAGUCAGCUGCGAAGCCACGAGAGGGAACAGCACAGCCUUCCAGAUAUAUAUUCGACAUCAUCGUCUAACAAACUAAUAACUUGCAGCGAAAUGGAUGAAAGUUUUGGAGACAGGAUUUCAGUCCAGAAGCUUUACAGAUGUGACACUUGUGACUACACAAGCACAACAUACGUCGGGGUGAGGAACCACAAACGGAUUCACAACUCUGACAAACCGUACCGAUGUCGAGUGUGCGACUUCGCCACGACAAAUAUGAAUAGUUUGAAAUGCCACAUGAGGCGGCAUCCGCAGGAGCACCAGGCAGUGCAGCUAUUGGAACAGUUCAAAUGUUCCCUUUGUGGGUACGUUUGCAGUCAUCCUCCUUCUCUGAAGUCUCAUAUGUGGAAACACGCGAGUGACCAAAACUAUAACUACGAACAAGUCAACAAAGCUAUUAACGACGCCAUUUCGCAGAGCGGCCGGUCUCCGAGUCAGCUACCUGGAAAGACAAUAGCUGAAGGCCCUGAAGAUAGUUUGGUUCCUUUGACAAGCCAUUCCGAGGUCUCAUCGUUGUUAGACUCCUCCAGCCAGACCACAAACAAAACGACAAGUCCCAACAACAAUCAGAACUUCAGUUCCUCCCUGAAUACCUCGUGCGAUUCAGAAAAAAAUGUGAGUCUGACCCAUCUUGGCACAGAAUAUUGUGUCCUGCUCUUCUGCUGUUGCAUUUGUGGAUUUGAGUCCACCAACAAAGAGACCUUGCUUGACCAUAUGAAGGAACAUGAAGGUGAAAUUAUAAACAUAAUCCUGAACAAGGACCACGGUGCAGCACAAAGCGUGAGCUAAACAAAGGUCCCCUUUUUUCAAACGUUGCUUCUGGUGCUGUUUCUUUUUGUGUUCCAUAAACGUGAUAUGUAAUUUUUAUAAAAAGAGAGGAAUUGUGAGUAGGACUACAGCGCUAUUCCCAACUUCUAAUGUCAUUGUACCAACAAGAAAACAGAUUACACCACAGCUUCUUGAAGCAACUGCUUGGUUUCAUACUCUGUAUAGGGAAAUGAUAAAUUUUACCUUAUUAUCCCAUGCCGGCAGCCAUUUUCAAGGCUUGUUAUUAAUCCAAAGUCUGUGUAAUAAGAAAUUCACACUAAGGUGUUAUGGGAGAGUUAAAACUGCUGGAAAGACAUUACAUUCAUUUUAGGUAAUUAACGUUUUUUCCUUGACAUGACUGAAAGUAAAAUUAUGAUGUAAUUGUUUCCUAAAACUCCCUUGGGAGCGGAGAGGGAGAGAGAGCAAAGCCUUUGGCCGUACAAUUCCUAGCUUAGUUGUUUCUUUCUCAGAAUCCUGCCGGUAUAAACAGCAUAAAGCAAGUUGGUAUUUUGCUAAGUAUUUGUCAGGCCUAAUUUCCCCCCUCCCCAUGGGAUGCCACAAUAAGAAAUGCUAGGAGUAUGCGUCUAAAUGUUUCUUGUUGGUACCCUAAAGAUUCGGCAACAUGUUUAAUACUACCUAUAUUGUGAUGUGUGAGCAGACAUUUUGUUAAUGGUUUUUCAUUUCAGUGUGUUGGAAGUGUAGCUUGGAGCAUAGGAAGCAGUAGAAACAGGUGGUCAUAGGCAGACCUUGAACUCAACUUUGAAACAAAUCUGCAAAAGGCUUAUCUUGGGUUGUUGAAAGAACCACUCAACAGAGCAGAAAUUGUUGACUUAGGCCCGCUGGAAUCCCAUGAAAACUCAGCAAGGCAUAAACACGCAAAUCUGUCAGCUACUCGGAAGGUUGCAUGUACUUGCCUUUUCUCGCCUUGAGCAAGGUAUUAAGUCUAUUUCUGUGACCAAAACCGUGCGCACAAUUCAACUGCUCAGAGUGCAGUAGGAGUUCAGUCGCCAGGACUCAAGAUGGCAGCCUGCAACGUUACCUUAUUGCAUGUGGGUGGAAUCCCUCGCAGUUUGUGCAAAGAAACUGCAGUUCUGUUUACUCAAGCCAAUUCAAGGCAUGCAAAUCUGAAUAAUUUUCCAAGAGCUGCUGAACAUGUUUCCUAUAUAUUUAUUACCUAUUUAUACAUCAAUGUUAGCAGAAUCAAGCUAAAAGCUUAACAGGUUUCAUGGUGCUACUCCCUCCUCUUCCGAACCUGUGAAAUCAGGCAAAUUUUGUAUAUAAUUUUCAAGAAGUGUUAAAUGCUGAAUCAAGUGCGGAAAUACUUCAACUCACUUUGUUUGACCCACAAAACUCGAAUUCCCACCCUCUUUCUUUGCCUCUUUCGUCCAUUCUUUGUUUCUAAAUAAUGAGCACCAGAAUGUGGAAAAAAUGAUCUUCUAACCCAGUUUACAGGAACAUUUCAGAACUAUGAAAGAUGGGAUUUAGAGGUUGAAUUCUCCGGCACUAGUCUUGCAGAACGGAACAGUUAGGGAAGGUUUACUAUUCAAGGUUCUGUACUUGAUGUUUUUAACGUGCUCUUUAUUGAUUCAGAAUGAACUUCACUUUCAAAACUUUGAUUACAUAUGUUCGGCGGCUACUGCCAUCUUCGAUCUUCAGGCUCAGCAGUGUUGUCUCACCAUGAAAUUCCAGGGUAAUCAGAAAUUGGAAAAUAGUCAGGCAAACUAGAUAAUACCUGAAGUCACACAGGGUGGAGUAAAAUUCCACUUCCCAUCUUUGUAGGAUCUAUUUGCUGCGAUUAGUUUAUAGCACAAUUUAAAAAAACCCGCCAAAGCACUAGGUUCAUUUUAACUUCUCAAUUCCAAGUUUGGAUAGGUUGCCAUGACUCUUUAAUUUUUUUCAGAACGGAUCAUGCCUCUUUAUUACACUACAGGAAGACGGUGAAGAGAUGCAUUAGUGAUAUCCUUAUUGAAGCUACCGAUUUCUUUUUGUGUGAAUGUGAAUUUUUAUUCUUUAGGAUACCACACGCGAGGAGCAGUCAAAAUGAAUUGGAGGGCUAGACAAUUCAGCAUGGGCUUUUUAACCGCUUGCACCUGUAAUCUUUAGUUAAACUCUUACUGCUAAAUAGUAAAAUGGAGUAUGUUUUGGUUGUUACUGAAAUAAUGAACAAACUGACUUUAACGUUGAUGCUAGAAAUCUGACAUUCAUUUGCACAGGAAAUAAGCAUACUGACGGCUUCCUUAUUCUAAGAGUCCAUGCAGCGCUGUCUGUUCACUGCCCAGAUUUACUUAGUUCUCAUGUGGAAGACUAGGUUGAAACCAGUUUGCUGAUCAUGUUUCCUGCCUUGGAAAGUGUUGUGGUGUAAAUCAACUUCAGUGCCAGGCUGUUGAUUUUGCUCAUUGUUUCUUUGUAAGAACACUGUUCAAACGCAUGCCCUGUCUUUCUGUUCCAAGAUCUGAAAUGACAGGCUUUAAGAACAUAAAUGCUCUUAAUGCUAAAUACAGUGUUUGCCUCUUCCUCACCCAACCCCUGGUUUAGGUAGUUGCAGUUUUAGUUUUUUGAAUUUUAGUUUCAGCAUCUCCUGUAGCUGUUAGGACUCUAUUACGGACAUUUUUUCUCAUUUUAGCCGAAUGGGAUGUUUCUGCCUCCUGCAGUCAAGUUCCUUGAAAUGUUACACCUGUGGGGGCAGGAGAGAAUUUUGGGGGACUCGGUGGGUUGCAGUGGGAAGGGUUAGGGGAGGUCAAAAUGUUCUGCCUUCUGUUGACAGAAAGCAAAUCAUGGAUCCAAUCCAGUUUGCAUUUACACUUUUGGCUGCACAUACAUGCUAUGAGCGCUAGUUCAGGAGUCAAUUUUUGUUUUCCCUAAGAUGCGUGGCAGAUUUCACACUUCUAGUGCGGUGUUAAACCAGCUAUAGUUGGUAGAGGAAGCUAUUUGCACGGAUCAACCAUUCAUUUCUGAGCCAGUUCAGAUAAAUUCAGUGUAAUACUAAGAGAGAUAUGAGGUUGAGCAGUGGAAUUAUAUUGGCUGUUCUAUCCACUGGGUCACUUAUCCUAUCUUAGGGCUCAGUGAACAUCUAUAGUAGCGCCCAGUCACUGUAAAAAGUGACUAUAAAGUCCCAUCACUGUGGGCCCAAACUGUGUAGUAUUUACCUUUCUGUGGUCCGGAUGUAUAAACCUGCUCAGUGGUGAAGUCCAUUAUGUAGCUAUCGCAGAAAGUCCAGAGAAGAAGAGUUGCCUUGAUAGGCAGACGUGAUCCCAUUGUCUUCCCUCUCCUGGCUUCUCAUAUAGACUGUACUGCAGUUUGUCUGAGCUCAGCCCUUCAGUUAUUAUUCAACUCGGAAACACUGAAUUGCACGUUUCAAAUUAAGUGUGGCUUCAACCGCUUCACUAGCAAAGGAUGACUAUCAGCCCUCUCCACAUGGUUCGCUUCGAAGACAGAGUGGGAUUCAGGCAGUUAACUGCAUUUUUUUUAAAGCACUUAUUUAAUCAUUAAAAUAAAUAAAUGUACAUGUUGGUGCUCAAAGUAAUGUUAAAAUAUAUUUAAUAGAAACUUGCAUUUGAUAUUCAUGGGCAUGGGUACAUAUAUUUUUUUAAGAAAAGAAAUUGUAAUACCAUGGCAUUGCUUUUUUAUAUCCAAAGUAUAAAACUUUUUGGGGAAAAGAAACUGACAUGUAAAACUGCAGAUGCACCUCUAGCUGUAUCUUAUUGAUAUGAUGGCUUUAUUUUAUAUAUAUAUAUAAACACUUUCCCGCACAUUAAAUUGCAUGCCUUAAGUUCUUCUCUAGGAUUGUCUGUUUUGAGCUAUCCAGCAAACUUUUAGUACUACUUUUGACUACCUUUGAAAAUACUGUACAUUGUUAAAAUAAUUUAUUUUGCUUUACAGAAGUUUUUUGUCAUGUAUUGACUAACUGUAUUUUGGUAAUAAACUGUUUUGGGUUUGUUUGUUUGUUUUUUGUUAAA